AUCCCCUUGUCCUCGGGAUGGGAUAAUAGUAGCACCAGGACUAGAGCCCAUUGUUGUUGGCCAUACGCAGAUGGAGCGGGCUUGCAGCUUGUUGUAUUUUUAUCACUAAUAUUGCAUGCGACGACAACAGUGGCAAUAAUAUACUGAAAUUCCCGUCACGGACGAGGGGAUUCCAAUCCCAGCGUUGCAAUCCUCUCUGGAGGCUGGCUGUCAUGAAAUCCCUUGUGCGCACCCUGUCGAGGCCGACACGACUGGUCCGUACUACUCUGCCGAUAUGUACUCGACAGCUUAGUGUCUCGCCGGCCCGCUCGAGGAGAGAAUCCAAGUCCAAAUCCAAAUCUUCACAGCAAAUAUCUUAUACUAGCACGUCAACCACCUCGACUCCUACCGCAGGGUCAGGCAAAUCCGAUGCGUACUACAACUUCCGUCGAUUGGUGCAGAAACACUUCAACACCCUUCUCGACAAGCUUGAUUCGAUGGACCCCCGAAGCGACGAGUACAGGGGCUUUGGAUUCACAGGGUCACGCAACAUCCGCACAACGGCCAAAAAAUUCACCGACGCUCUCGAGGCGAGCUUCAACUUGGCGGCGCAUGGGAGUCACAACAGGACCGAUAAUCCACUGUUCUGGAGCUUGCGCCAUGGGUUCGUCACAGGAAACAUUGGUGGGCUAAACAGGGAGAUCAAAUACGCCUUUCGCAGCUUCACUGGUCAUACCAAGUACAGUCCUCCUUCGACACAUAUCCUUCCCAAGCUGGGUGAUUUCCAGCACCCUACAGAAUGGUUCCCCGGUACACGAAGCAUGCAGAGGAAAAUACAUCUUCACGUCGGCCCGACAAAUUCUGGAAAGACAUACAACGCACUCAAGGCACUGGAGAGCGCGACAACAGGGGUCUACGCAGGACCACUGAGACUGCUGGCCCACGAGGUGUAUACUCGCAUGGUGGCCAAGGGCAGGAGCUGUGCUUUGCUCACCGGAGAGGAGCAGAGGUGGCCGGAAGAUACCCAAAGUUUUAUCUCUUCCUGCACGGUGGAGAUGGCACCGCUGAAUACAGUCGUCGAUGUGGCGGUCAUUGACGAGAUCCAGAUGAUUGCGGAUCCGGAUCGGGGCUGGGCUUGGACGCAAGCCGUUCUUGGAAUACAAGCACGCGAAGUUCAUCUCUGCGGUGAGGAGAGAACCGUGGAUCUCAUCAAGAGAUUGGCUGAGAGCAUGGGAGAUGAGUGCAUCGUGCACCAAUACGAGAGAUUGAGUCCGCUGGAGCCGAUGAACUCAAGUCUGGGCGGUGAUUUGAAAAAACUUCAAAAGGGUGACGCGGUUGUCGCCUUUAGCAGGAUUGGUCUUCACGCUCUCAAGCGAGGUAUUGAAAAGCAGACGGGCAAGCGGUGUGCUAUUGUUUACGGUUCCUUGCCUCCCGAGACCAGAGCAGAACAGGCCGCACUGUUCAACGACCCGGAUAACGAAUACGACUACAUCGUGGCGAGCGAUGCUAUAGGCAUGGGCCUUAACCUGGAGAUCAGGAGAGUCGUGUUUGACACUACCAACAAGUUUGACGGCUCAGAACGACGUUUCUUGGGGGAAUCUGAAAUUAAGCAAAUCGGCGGCAGGGCCGGCCGCUUUCGCAGUGCAGCUCAGGCCAUACAGAGUGCAACGGAGGGCGACGAGGAGAUUGCGCGCAGAGCAGUCUCCCGUCCAAGCGUUGGUUAUGUUACUUGUGUGGACGACGGCGACUUGCGCAGAAUCCAGAAGGCUUUCGAAGUGGAAGUGCCCCCGAUCAAGGCGGCAGGACUGUUGCCGCCCGCGGCCAUCAUUGAGAAGUUCUCGUCGUACUUUGCGCAGGACACGCCGCUAUCACACAUUCUUCUCAAAAUUCGAGAGGUGGUCAGGACCUCGGAUGACUAUUUCGUCUGCAAUUUCGACGACUGGAUCGAGGCUGCAGAUAUCAUCCAGGCUUUCCCCAUGCCGAUUUCCGACCGCCUUGUGCUGCUUUCAGCACCAUUGGACUACAAAACCAAGGAGUUUAUGCGAAUAUGCGCCAAGUGUGUGUCCGAGCUGAAAGACGGGCAUCUUCUGAGCCUGGACGGGCUCGAACUUGAGGUGCUUGACGUGGACGACACGUGCUUUAACAAAUAUAGGGCCCAGGAGCAGCUGAACAAACUCGAAACUCUCCACAAAUGUCUCAUUUUAUACCUCUGGCUCAGCUAUCGAUACCAGGGCGUGUUUGUCAGCCAGGAUCUUGCGUUCCACGCCAAGUCGCUCGUCGAAGAGAAGAUACGUGAGAGGCUCGACAAGGUGGACUUUAGGUUGGAUGACAGGCUCGAACAAAAGAGGAAGAUCGAAGCAUUGAUGUUGAAGAACCAAGCCAGGAAGAAGGAGAUGUUGCAGGAGGCUGGUUUAGUGUAUGAUACGACGGGUAGUUCGUUGGCAGCAGACGCUCCGGCACAGCAGGCCGUCGCAUACGGGUCAGAUGCUGUUUCAGCGAGACUCUAGGUGCAUUGCAUCUUGUAUAUUACGGAACCUACUAGCAUUCCUCUUUUUGUAUAUUAGACAAUUUGUACGUGGCAAUUGUUUGUAUGAUAGAAUCUGGUAAAGUAAUACCCCAACAAUGCCCCUAUUUGUACAACGGACGUUUAGAAACGCAUAGCAGGCAGGCCGCUAGA